CUGUAACAUUCACACAACACUGUGUCUAUACAGCAGUGUCUAUACGGCAGUGUCUAUACCUAGUACACUGUUAUAUCAUCUAGGGGAAGAUCCCACAUCUUAACAAAUAUCACAGCAUCAACAUUGGGCUGUGUUUUAAGACCUACAUCAUUGGGCAAGACCUAUUUCAACCACAUAACCUUCAAAAUGAAAGAUCAGAUCUGUUAUGAUGACUAUCAGAAGACAGCCAGCUGGCUCCUGUCUCAGACGCAGCACCGGCCAAAAGUGGCCAUCAUCUGUGGCUCCGGACUGGGCAUGCUAGCUGACGCUCUCAAGUGCCAGGACUCCUUCCCCUACUCCGACAUCCCUGGGUUCCCACAGAGCACAGUGCAAGGACACGCUGGGAGACUGGUGUUUGGGGAGCUGAAAGGGAAGACGUGUGUUUGCAUGCAGGGACGUUUCCACAUGUAUGAGGGACACUCACUCUGUAAGACUACCUUUCCCGUGCGGGUAUUUAAGCUCUUGGGGGUGGAGACCCUGAUAGUAACCAAUGCAGCAGGCUCGCUGGCAGACAGCUACCAGGUUGGGGACAUCAUGAUCAUCAAAGAUCAUAUCAACUUCCCUGGUCUGGCUGGGCUCAAUCCCCUCAACGGACCCAAUGAUGACAAGUUUGGUCCCCGGUUCCCUCCCAUGUCUGGUGUGUAUGACAAGGACCUGCGGAAGAUAGCCUUUGACCUCUGUAAAAGCAUGGGCGUCUCUCAGUUCGUCCAGGAAGGGGUUUACUGUAUGGUGGGAGGUCCCAAUUUCGAGAGCAUCGCAGAGGCCAGACUCCUUCACAGACUAGGGGUGGACGCUGUGGGAAUGAGCACAGCACCAGAAGUGGUGGUAGCCACCCACUGUGGCAUGAGGGUGUUCGGCCUCUCUCUCAUCACCAACAAGGUGGUGAAGAGCUACAAUGACACAGAGUCUGUCAACCACGAAGCUGUACUGGAGGUCAGCAAGCUGCGCUCACAAACGCUGCAGAUGCUGGUCACAGAGCUGGUCAGCCGGAUGGACAUCAACAACAACACGACUUGAACUGAAGAGAGCAGCAAGAUGCAAAGCUACACCGAAACCUUUCGAAUUCGCUCAUCAUGAUGAAAACAUUCAACAGCGACCUGGCCAAUGGCACCCUAUUCCCUAGUGCACUACUUUCGACCAGAGCCCAUUGCACCCUAUUCCCUAUAAGUAGUGCACUAUAGGGUGCCCGUUUCGGAUGCAUAACAAGAAUCCAAUAACCGAAAGGCUGCUAGAUCGAAUCCCCGAGCUGACAAGGUAAUAAUCUUUCGUUCUGCCCCUGAACAAGGCACUGUUCCUAGGCCGUCAUUGUAAAUAAGAAUGUAUUCUUAACUGACUUGCCUAGUAAACAAAGAGGUUAAAUAAAAAUACUCUCAUUUGUAUUUUGUGAUAUCACUACUUAUUAUUUUUCAGCUGUAUUAACUAAUCUUUCUAUCCACAAUUGUGUGCUAAUACUUGUUCACAGAUAAUAAAAGUGAAAUAUUAUAAUGCAGCUCUAUUCAUGAUUAAUUAUUAUGCAUUACAAAUCAACAAGUCACAUAUUCAGAUAAUUACAUAGAUUCAUAUAAUUGUGCACAUUUAUAUUUAUGUAUUUAUAUGGUGGUUUCAUUCAUGUAAAGUACAAUCUAUUUAAAUUGUAUAUUGUUAGUCAACGUUUGUCUGAUAUUGGGUACGGAUUGCACAGACAAAAUGUUUUAUCAAAUAAAAAAGCAUUGAAUUCUGAAA